GUCCCAGGAGCCAGGAGAAGCAGGGCAAGAUGGAGCGGAGACGCGUCACCUCUGCUCGCCGUUCCUAUGCCUCUUCAGAGAUGGUGUUCAGGAGCCUGGGGCCUGGCCGCCACCUGGGUACCAGUCCCCGACUUUCCCUGGCUCGCAUGCCCCUUCCUCAGCCUGCCCGGUUAGACUUCUCCCUGGCUGGGGCACUCAAUGCAGGCUUCAAGGAGACCCGGGCCAGUGAGCGCGCAGAGAUGAUGGAGCUCAAUGACCGGUUUGCCAGCUACAUCGAGAAGGUUCGCUUUCUGGAACAGCAAAACAAAGCGCUGGCGGCAGAGCUGAACCAGCUGCGAGCCAAGGAGCCCACCAAGCUGGCAGAUGUCUACCAGGCUGAGCUUCGGGAGCUGCGGCUGCGGCUGGACCAACUUACUGCCAAUAGCGCCCGGAUGGAGGUGGAGAGGGACAAUCUGGCCCAGGACCUUGGCACCUUGAGGCAGAAGCUCCAGGAUGAAACCAACCUGAGGCUGGAAGCUGAGAACAACCUGGCUGCUUAUAGACAGGAGGCCGAUGAAGCUACCCUGGCCCGCCUGGAUCUGGAGAGGAAGACUGAGUCGCUGGAGGAGGAGAUCCGGUUCUUGAGGAAGGUCCAUGAGGAGGAAGUUCGGGAACUUCAGGAGCAGCUGGCCCGACAGCAGGUUCAUGUGGAGAUGGAUGUGGCCAAGCCAGACCUGACUGCAGCUCUGCGAGAGAUCCGAACACAGUACGAAGCAGUGGCCACCAGCAACAUGCAGGAAGCAGAGGAGUGGUACCGUUCCAAGUUUGCCGACCUCACAGACGCUGCUGCUCGCAACGCGGAGCUGCUCCGCCAGGCCAAGCACGAGGCCAACGACUACCGGCGCCAGCUGCAGGCCUUGACCUGUGACCUGGAGUCCUUGCGCGGCACGAACGAGUCCCUGGAGAGGCAGAUGCGCGAGCUGGAGGAGCGCCACGCGCGGGAGGUGGCGACGUACCAGGAGGCGCUGGCCCGGCUGGAGGAGGAGGGGCAGAGCCUCAAGGAUGAGAUGGCCCGCCACCUGCAGGAGUACCAGGACCUGCUCAACGUCAAGCUGGCCCUGGACAUCGAGAUCGCCACUUACAGGAAGCUGCUGGAGGGCGAGGAGAACCGCAUCACCAUUCCUGUGCAGACCUUCUCAAACCUGCAGAUCCGAGGGGGCAAAAGCACCAAGGAAGGGGAAAGUCACAAGGUCACAAGACAUCUCAAAAGGCUCACAAUACAAGUUAUACCAAUACAGGCUCAUCAGAUUGUAAAUGGAGCCCCGCCAGCUCUCGAAACCAGUCUGGACACCAAGUCCAUGUCAGAAGGCCACCUCAAGAGGAACAUCGUGGUAAAGACAGUGGAGAUGCGGGAUGGUGAGGUCAUUAAGGAGUCCAAGCAGGAGCACAAGGAUGUGAUGUGAAGUGGGCCCCCUGGGUGGCCCCUGCCACACAGUGCGAGGGGCCCAAAGUAGGAGUAGGGGACUUGUUUCUCCUCAGAUAGUUCACUUCUCUGGACCUGAUGCCCACUGCUCCCCUUCAGCCCUGUCUCUAUACCAGCUUGCUGUCCUAGGCUCAGUCAGCGGUAGGCCUGACAGAUGGCACCCAGCCAACACUUCCAAUUAGCAGGACUCUCACCCCAAAGGGACAUUCUGGAAAGGAAUAGCCAGCAGCUUGGGUUAGAAUUGGGAGGGAAGAGAAAAGUUGUAUAGGGCAAGAGGACCAAACAAAUCACAUCCUUCAUCUCUGUUGUUAUGGCAACUGUUGCCAGAGCUGGAGGUAUCUGUGGGGUAUCUGGGAAGUGGACUGAGUUUCCUCAGGCUGCUGGAGAAAAGCAGAAACUCAGAUAGGAAAGGGAAGUCCCCAAGGCAAGGUAGUUCUGCCCAGAGGCUUAUUCUUACAAAAUGAACCUGACCAGUCCAGCAGUACACGAGGAAGGCUUGUCGCUUAGAGGGAUCACCAGAUGGAAAUUCUAGCCUGCCCAAGUCCCUCAGGGCCCUCUGAGUGAUGAUUCAAAUUGAGCUGCCAUGCAGGGAACCAGCCUGCGAGCAGGGGGGGACUUGGUUCUCAGCACUUGGGAAGUUAAUCUAUAGUGUAAGUGGAGAGGGACAUAGUUCUGGGAAGGAGUAGAAGUGGGCUGCCCAGUCCCAAAGUGUGGGUGCAGAGAAGCCAAGGCCAGAACUCCCCUCACACAGGCUACAGGGGCACUGUUAGUGGAGGUACCAAUAGGGAUGAUGUCAACAUCAGAGUGUGGGGUUGUGAGCUACCGGUUACACUUGGCCCGAGUUGUGGGAAUCAAGGAAGUGACUCAUCUUGAAGAUGCUGAAAUAGGAGAUAGAGGGGCUGCUGUCCACGGGGCAGGGCACAGCUGUGUCCCAGUUCUAAAGGCCUAUUCCUGGCUGCAUAAUCCUGGGCCAUCCAUCCUCUGAGGCCUGCAACUGCUGCCUCUCAACCCCUGGUGAAGCCAUGGCCAUCCAUCUGAGCCUCUCUACCCCAUACUGACCAGCUGCUCUUCCACAAGCCAAGGGCUCAGGUCUCCUGCUACAUACAAAGUACAUCCCACCUGUAUUUUAGGCAGCACCCUAUUGCUAGCUUGGGAAACUGAGCAUGAGCAGAGUAAAAUGUUCAUGCAAGCUAAAGGCAGGACACAUGAGGCUGAGGAUUCCACCUCAGACCACAUGCUGUGCUUUCGGGGGCUGGCGGUGGGGAUCUGCUCAGAGAUGGGACUGAAAGGUCCAUUCUGUAGUCCUUUUCUCUCCUUUGAGGUAAAAAAAAAAAGGCAGAGUGCGGCCCUCCCUCUUUCCAGGGCUUGGUUCCUUCUCCCCUAGUCCUUGAUGCCACCUGCUGCUGCUAACUGUCUCCUUUACUAAGAAAUAAAACCAUGUCACAACCUU